GACACCUGAUGAGUGUGAGAAACGGAAAAAAACUUGGUCUCAGAUCGAUGUGGAUCAUCAGUGGGAGGAGAUCUUUGGGGAGGUGCGGGUGAGGCGGUGUUAUCCUGCAGCAGGUCUCUAGUCUUAGUGGAAACAAAAGGGAGUGAAAAGAUCCGGGGACAGGUUGGGAACCCUGUGUCGUUUUCUUAGAACGAAAAGCGAUGUUUGAUGACACUGAACGCAGUCAUGGGCUAAAGAGCUACGAUUUAACUCUACCCGGGACAUAACCGGUCCUUAAUGAGGAAAGACGGAGGUAGUUGGUUCCACUAGGACGCAAAGUUGUAAAACACUAUGAAGGCAAAACAUCCAGCAACUGAGGGUCCCAGAGCGCCACAGUGACAGCGAUGGAUCACCUUUUUCGGAGAAAGCGGGGCAAUUUGCUGAAGUCCCUGAUAAGCCUGUCUCUGGUUUUUGCAUCCUUUCUGAUGAUCCAUAAGCUGAAACUGUCAGAGAAACAUGCAGUUAAACAUACAAGGGAUGCGAGCUGGUGCGGCUCCGAGUGUUUUUCUUUCGGGAAAGGAGUCGUGAAAACGAGUUUGUGGCGCUCAGGCACUCCGGUUUCGAGUAACGAAACGCAGCGGGUGUCCAACGGGACUCCAGCUUUCUGGGACGCACAGGUUCUCAACUGCAGCGAGGACGCGUCGGUGAAGACCCAGGACUGGUUCCGGCGCUUGGAUCCGAGAUUUCACCAGUUUGUUCUACAUAGACACUGCAGAUACUUCCCGAUGCUCAUCAACCACCCGGAGAAAUGUGCAGACGGAGAGGUGCACCUUCUCAUGGUGAUCAAGUCUGUCAUCGAGCAGCAUGACCGACGGGAAGCUGUGCGUAAAACCUGGGGCAAGGAGCACACCGUGGAUGGAAAGAAGAUUAAAACCUUAUUUCUUCUAGGAACCCCGACCACUGGCAAAGACACUAAAAACCUCCAAAAACUAAUCGAGUACGAGGACCAGAUCUACAAGGACAUCCUGCAGUGGGACUUUAUGGACACAUUCUUCAACCUUACACUGAAAGAGGUUAACUUUCUAAAAUGGUUCAACAUCUACUGUCCAGGUGUGCAGUUUAUAUUUAAAGGAGACGAUGAUGUGUUUGUGAACACACACAACCUGCUGGAGCUCAUCGGCUUCCAAGUGGAGGAGCGCAAAGAGGCCACCUUGUUUGUGGGGGACACCAUUUCCAAGGCGAUCCCCAUCCGAAACCGACAGAGCAAAUAUUAUAUACCCAAAGAGCUGUAUGAUAAGCCGUACCCACCCUAUGUCGGAGGAGGAGGGUUUGUUAUGUCCUCUCAGCUGGCCAGGAGACUCUUCGUGGUCUCUGAGGACCUGGAGUUGUACCCUAUUGAUGAUGUGUUUUUGGGGAUGUGCCUGAAGAAGCUCACUGUGUCCCCGGAAAUGCACCCGGGCUUCAGGACAUUUGGUAUCACCAGACACAGGGUGAGCCCCAUGAACAGGGAACCCUGCUUUUAUAAAGACCUCAUCGUGGUGCACAAACUGAGCGCGCAGGAGCUGCUCAGGAUGUGGAACGUGGUGCACUACAAAGAACUGGUCUGUGCGCAAAGGACCUCCAUAUGACACGCAACCUGUCCAAACCAUUUUAAAGAUAGCCUACCCAAAAGGCAAAAUCGGAAACUAUGUUGUGUUUCUGAGUUUGCCUUUUAGAUUGAUCAAAACAUUUCAUCCAAUCUGCGUAUUAUCAGUGUUUUUGUUCAAAGAGCAUUUGAUUUCCACAGAUGGAUCUGAUCAUUCAGCACAAACAUUAUUUGAAUACAGUUUCUCAGAUGAAAUGGCACCAAACGUAGCUGAUGUGGACUGAUAAACAGGUUGGACCCAAUCUCUUAAUUCUCCGUCUGCCUUUCGUGUUUUUGGGAUUUAUCAUUGAAUGAAACCACUACAGGUCCACAGGUUGAGAAGGUACACAAGGAAGCCUUCUGAGUUCCUAAUUCACAGUGCCAUUAGAAACUGCAUUAAUCUUAAACCAAAAAAGAGAGAGAGAGAGAGAGAGAGAGAAAAGGAGACCUCGUUGUUUAAGUGUGUGAUAUACUUUUUACAUCCAGGAGUUUUCCCUGAAACAUAUAAUCAUUUUUCUUAUUUCAGGAUUUCAUUGUGACUGCAAAGUGGACUAUAUGGACUUACAGGAGAGAGCAAACAUUUGUAAUGAUUAUUCUAUGAAAUAUUCUGAAAUUGUAAAAAAGAAAUUGAGUUUUUCCCAGUUAAUAUAUUGAUUAUAUAUUUGACUUAAUUAACUAUGUAUGAUUGACAUAGGCAGGCCUAAAACCAAAGAAACCAAUGCUGUGAUACUGCAGAUUAAUGUAUAAUAGUGUGAAGAAAACAGGAAUAUGUCAGCCAGAUUUAUAAAUACAGACAGUUAUAGCACUUGUUCAACAGUAAUGACUGAACAGGACUCUAGUAAAGCUUUAGAAUAACAUCAUUGAAAGUCUCAAGCUCCAUAGUCAACUACAUUAGUAUUUUCCUUCUAAAAUAGCUACUAACUAGAUGUGGCUCACACUCAGAAACAGAUUCAAUUUGCAAUGUUCAGUUUAAU